AUGACGGACGGCCGCUAUGAAGUAGCUUUGCCCUUGAAAGCACACAUGUCAGCCCUAGAGAAUAACUAUGAGAUAGCGAAGGACAGACUAUGGAGCCUAGUCAGACGGCUAAAUAGAGACGGCUUCAGGGCGCAGUACGACGAAGCGAUCAGAAGCUACAUCAAUAAGGGGCAUGCAGAAAAGGUGACUGAAGACGAUAAUAGCUUCAACACUCGGUACUACAUGCCUCACAUGACCGUAAUAAGAAGCACUUCAGAAACUACGAAAGUCCGGAUAGUUUUUGAUGCGUCGUCCCAUAGCAAAGGGAUGACGUCCCUGAAUGAUCAUCUGGAGAAAGGGCCAAAGUUGAACGCCGACCUGGUAGGCGUUCUAUUGCGGUUUAGAAGACACAAGAUUGCGUUAACGGCAGACAUCGAGAAGGCCUUUCUACAGGUAGAAAUUCGUAAGAACGACAGGGAUGCACUGAGGUUUUUGUGGUUUUCCGAAACUCCAAGCCCGAAUGAACAAUGCCCAGACGUGGAAUGCUGGAGGAUGAAGCGAGUGCCAUUCGGAACCACAGCAAGCCCCUUUGUUUUGGGUGCUACACUGCAGCACCACUUCAAAAGCCUUUUGCCAUCUGACAGAAAGAUGGCCAGCUUACUGUUGGAGUCGUUCUACGUGGACGACCUACUUACUGGUGCCCCCACAGUGGAAGAAGCCCUGGAGAUCGUCCAGAAAUCUCAGGACGUGCUGAGACAAGCCAACAUGAAUCUGACAAAAUGGGCAUCUAACGCCGAAGAUUUACAAUCAAUGUUCGAUCGUAAGAGCGGUACCUUAAUCAACGAAAAGGAAAAGCCGUUAGCUGAACCGGCUCAAAGUAAGGUUCUGGGAGUGGUGUGGACCCGAAGCGGUGAUCAACUGGGUUUUCCGCAAAUCAGCAGCUAA